CUUGGCCCAGCCCGAGCCCAGCUGGCAACAGCAGCUCCUGGCCCCACCACCUGGAGUGUUGCCACCUGGAGGAAAGGGCAGAGGUCAGAGGAGGGGAAGGGACCCUCCUCAGGCAGCUGCCACCCUGGGCUCCCGGCUGGCACAGCCCAUAAAUACCCGCAGGCCCAGAGGCAGGGUGACCUGGAGGCGGCCACACACCAUGGGGAGCUCAGAGCUGGUCAUCUGGUGCCUGGCCUGCUGCCUGGCUGCAGCCAGGGCAGCGAAGCUGGGCUCCGUGUACACGGAGGGCGGCUUCGUGGAAGGCGUCAACAAGAAGCUGAGCCUCCUCGGCGAUUCUGUGGACAUCUUCAAGGGCAUCCCCUUUGCCGCUGCCCCCAAGGCCCUGGAGAACCCCCAGCGACACCCAGGCUGGCAAGGGACCCUGAAGGCCAAGGACUUCAAGAAGCGGUGCCUGCAGGCCACCAUCACCCAGGACAGCACCUAUGGGGACGAGGACUGCCUCUACCUCAACAUCUGGGUCCCCCAGGGCAGGAAGGAAGUCUCCCGGGACCUGCCUGUCAUGAUCUGGAUCUACGGAGGGGCCUUCCUCAUGGGGUCCGGCCAGGGCGCCAACUUCCUCAGCAACUACCUGUACGACGGGGAGGAGCUGGCCACCCGCGGCAACGUCAUCGUGGUCACCUUCAACUACCGCGUGGGCCCCCUGGGCUUCCUCAGCACCGGGGACGCCAACCUGCCAGGUAACUACGGCCUCCGGGACCAGCACAUGGCCAUCGCCUGGGUGAAGAGAAACAUCGCGGCCUUCGGGGGAGACCCCGACAACAUCACCAUCUUCGGGGAAUCGGCGGGAGGCGCCAGUGUCUCGCUGCAGACCCUCUCUCCCUACAAUAAGGGCCUCAUCAAGCGAGCCAUCAGCCAGAGUGGCGUGGCACUGUCCCCCUGGGCCAUCCAGAAGAACCCCCUCUCCUGGGCGAAAACGAUUGCAGAGAAGGUGGGCUGCCCCAUGGACGACACUGCCAGGAUGGCCAGGUGCCUGAAGAUCACUGACCCCCGCGCCCUGACGCUGGCCUACAAGUUGCCCUUGACGAAACAGGAGUUCCCCGUGGUGCACUAUCUGGGCUUCAUCCCGGUUGUCGAUGGGGACUUUAUCCCUGAUGACCCGGUCAACCUGUACGCCAACGCCGCCGACAUCGACUACCUGGCGGGCACCAACGACAUGGACGGUCACUUGUUUGCCACCGUCGACCUGCCAGCCGUCGACAAGGACAAAAAGACCAUCACGGAGGAGGACUUCUACAAGCUGGUCAGCGGAUUCACCAUCGUCAAGGGGCCCAGAGGUGCCAACAUCACCUUUGACGUGUACACCGCGUCCUGGGCCCAGGACUCGUCCCAGGAGACCAAGAAGAAGACCGUGGUGGACCUGGAAACCGACAUCCUCUUCCUGAUGCCCACGGAGACGGCCGUGGCCCAGCACAGGGCCAACGCCAAGAGCGCCCAGACCUACACCUACGUGUUCGCCCACCCUUCUCGGAUGCCCGUCUACCCCAGCUGUGGGGCCGACCACGCGGAUGACCUCCAGUAUGUCUUUGGGAAGCCCUUUGCCACUCUGGGCUACCGGUCCCAAGACAGGACCGUCUCCAAGGCCAUGAUCGCCUACUGGACCAACUUUGCCAGAAGCGGGGACCCUAACAUGGGCGGGUCGAGUGUGCCCACACACUGGGAACCCUACACCCUAGAAAGCAGCAAGUACCUGGAGAUUACCAAUAAGAUGGACAGCAGCUCCAUGAAGCAGGACCUGAGGACCAGCUAUCUGCAGUACUGGGCCACCACCUACCAGGCACUGCCCACGGUGGCAGACGAGGGGGCCAUACCGGUGCCUCCGACCGGGGACUCGGAGGCCACCCCAGCCCCCCCCACGGGGGACCCGGAGGCCACCCCAGCACCCCCCACGGGGGACUCGGAGGCCACCCCAGCGCCCCCCCCCAGCGAUGCUGAGGUGGCUCAGAUGCCCAUAGUCAUUGGCUUCUAGUGUCCUUGACCUCCAGAGGCCACAGGGUGGGACCCCAGCGGCCUUCUUCCCUCCCGAGCUUGUCCUCAAUAAAGCCUCCUCUCUCUGUC